AUGCAAAGCAUAAACAUUGCCUCAUUAAAUCUGUCUACACCACCUAAGCAAAGUACGAACAUCACCCCAUGCGGAGAACAUGAGUUCACUCGAGUUGUUCCAGCAGAAUUAAUUCCUAAAGUUGGGCAGAUUUUCGACAGUCUUAAAGAUGCAAUAGACUUUUAUAAUAUAUAUGCUGUAGCAUGUGGAUUUGAUACUAGAAUGUCUACCGAGACUCGAGCAAAGGAUGGCACUAUUGUAUUCAAAUACAUUUUGUGUAACAAGCAAGGAGUGAAGGCAGUGGCUGCAGCAAAUCACACAACUAAUAUUGAGUCGGUUGAGCCAAUUUCCCCAACUCAAAAGAGGAGGAGAAAACUUACACGGGUUGGUUGCAAAGCCAAGAUUGUUUUCCGACUUCAUGAGAUAUCCAAAUAUCGAGUUUGGUCCUUUCAUGAAGGACAUAACCACAAGCUACUAAGUCCUGAAGAAGGACAAUUCCAAAAGUUGAAAAGAAAUUUGACGAUGUAUCAAAAGAAAAUGAUAAUUGAUAACUCUAAACUCAAUAUUGGAGCAACAAAGACGUACCGAAUGUAUAAGGAGAAGGUUGGUGGUUAUGGAAAUGUUGGAGCAACUGUUGGCGACUUCAAAAACUUUGCACGGGAUGUUAGAGCAUACAUUGGAGAACAUGAUGCUGAUAUGUUUAUAAGCACCUUAAGUAGACAAAAGGAGAUGAAUAGUGGAUUUUUCUUUGACUAUGUAGCUAAUGCGAAAGAAGGUUUGCAUAGAGUGUUUUGGGCCGAUGCUUUGUGUAGGAGAAAUUACUUUGCUUUUGGAGAUGUUGUCUCGUUUGAUGCUACGUAUGGAACAAACAUGUACAACUUGGUAUUCUGUCCAUUUACAGGGAUUGACCAUCAUAAAAGGUCUGUGAUUUUUGGUGCUGCUUUGACAUCAAGAGAGAAUGACAAUUCUUUUGUGUGGGUUUUUGAAAAAUUCAAACAAGCUAUGGGCAAUAAGGAACCAAACUUUAUUAUCACUGACCAGGAUCCUGCAAUGAAGAAAGCUUUCCCAAAAGUAUUCAAUGAUGCACAACAAAAAUUCUGCAUGUGGCAUAUUAUGGGUAAACUUACUGACAAGGUGGGGAAAGGGAAAGACAUACAGAUUACAAACUCAACUGAUACAGAAGGGUUAGAAGAGUCGGAACCUAAUGACAUGGUGGGGAUAGCUGAACGCAAUAAAGAAAAAGAUUUCCUCAAGAAGAUAAAUGCUUGUGUUUGGGAUAAAGAAUUAGAGCCACAAGAGUUUGUUGAUAAGUGGAAUGAAGUCAUACAAGAAUUCAAUCUACAGCAAAAUAAGUGGCUUAAUGACAUAUUCAACAUAAAGGAGUCUUGGAUCCCAGCAUAUUUCAAAGAGAAACCAAUGGCUGGCUUAAUCAGCACAACACAAAGAUCAGAGAGCCAGAAUAGUUUUUUUGGUAAUUUCAAUAGUCCUGUGCUACAUUGGUUGAGUUCUGGUUGCGUUUCCAAACGGCUGUACAACAACAAAGACAUGCUCAAAGCAGUUUGA